UCUCUCUCCAUACUGGCGUGUCGUGACAUACAGGGCCGUACCGUUACGUACCACAUGUAAAUACGUGAAAUUUAACUGGCAUAUCAGGAUUUCCGUACAUAAGAAGAUUUACAUAAUAGUCGGGAGGAAGACUUCGGUAGCAUUGUACUGUUGAUAUUUCGGACAGAAGAGGAGGAAGUGUUCGGUAGUUUCAGCAGACUGGUUGCAAGUACACAUUUGAGUAAAGUUCUUCUACAGGUCGAGUAUCCGUGUGAGGGCGUACAUGACCCGUGAAUGACCAUGCUGUUUGUGUAGGAAGGUUACUGGUAGCUUGACCUGACGAUGGCGAAGAUAGAGAACGAACAAGUAUGGCGGUUUGCCCUGGCCGGUAUCUCCAGCAUGAGUGCUGCUAUGUUUACAAACCCUGUAGACGUCAUCAAAAUUCGCAUGCAGCUGGAAAACGAGCUUGCGUCACAGAAAGGAAUCGACGUACUACGAAAUCGCUACUACGACGGUUUCGUCAAGGGCGGGGUGCGGAUCGUCAGGGACGAAGGGCCACGUGGGCUGUAUAAGGGGUUGGUUCCCUCACUAAUGAGGGAGGGAAGUUACAGUACAAUACGUAUGGGCGCAUACGAGCCGGUGAAAGUCCUGUUUGGCGCCACCGACCCAGCUCACACACCAUUGUGGAAAAAAAUCUGUGCUGGCGCCCUCACUGGAGCAAUAGGAAGUUCCAUAGCAACGCCAACGGAUUUGGUCAAAGUCAGAAUGCAGGGUUGUACGAAGUUGGCUGGGGAAACGCAAAGGUACCGCAGCACGUUUUCAGCCUUCUCGGAAAUUAUACGCCAAAACGGCGUGCGUGGUCUGUAUGUUGGAGUGGGGCCAACGGUCAAGAGGGCGGCUAUACUGACAGCUACACAGAUCCCAACAUAUGACCACACGAAACACACCAUCCUCAACGCUGGGCUGAUGUCAGAGGGCGCCCCACUGCACGUGACAUCGUCUAUGGUGGCGGGCUUUAUGACGGCGUUAACUACGUCACCGGUAGACGUCGUGAAGACCCGGAUAAUGAACCAGCAACAAGGGAAUAAAGUGUACAAGUCGGCUUUUGACUGUUUCCUCAAGACACUGCGGUCGGAAGGUCCUUUGGGACUUUACAAAGGAUUUAUCCCGAACUGGAUGAGGAUUGGUCCUCACACCACUGUCGCGUUUUUCAUCUUUGAGCAACUACGAAGAGUCGUUGGUAUCGACCCUAUAUGAGGUAGUGUGAUUAGCAUGAAAUAGCUAGGACUGCUAUUAAGCUAUGUUAGUAGCAUGUAGUUGUUAAGAACUAUACCGAUGUUUUUCAAUUAAAAAAUAAGUAUAUAUGUACUGUGUAAUUGGAGCGAUAUUUACCUGAAAUGAGUGAUAUUUACCUGAAAUGAGUGAUAUUUACCUGAAAUGAGUAAUAUUUACCUGAAAUGAGUGACGUGUUUACUUGAAAGAAUAUUUGAAUAUGAAUACCAUGCAUCAUGAUCGCAUCUGGUGCAUCUAUACAGGCAAAAUUACUUCAGGUUAGUUUGACCUAAACAAAUCUUGAUUUGAAAUUUAAAUGAAGAUUGUUUUUCAUUUCUAAUUCAGGUUAAUUUUCAGGUCAAAUUCAGGUCAAAUUUUCACCUGUAAUUGCAUGUCUCGAUGUUUUCUUUAGGUAAAAUUGACUUGACAAUUUGACAUGUGGAUGCCUAAUGACAGAACAGAGUACUAUUGUAUAAUUGGUAGCAGAAUCAUGUUGAUUUAUACCAGAUUUGUUUACAAUGUAAGAGAGAGAGAGAGAGAGUAAGGCCGGUAUAAUUUUCUGUAUGUGACUUUCUGUAAUUGUUUUGUUACACUUUAAUAGAUGUUUGUAUUUUGGAUACAUGUGUUAUCACAUUUGACAACGACGUAAAGAAAUUGCAAAUACUCUCGGAAACUGGUUUGAACUCACAUAGGCGGAUCAUUCACCAGUAAUAAUAUUAUGAUGAGUUUUAUCCUUUACAAGGCUUGAUCAGUCGUAGUACUAUUCUGUUGAACUUUUAUUUCCUUGAAAGAUUUCCUAUCAUAUAUUUUGAACACGGUGUUUCUCUAAUAAUGGAACAGAAUCCUUUUUGAUUACACAUUUUUGUUUCUAUAAAAACAGAACACUCAGUAGGUGAGCAGGUUACCCGUUCUCCUUUUGCUAUCAUCAUUCUAAUGUAUCAAAACAUUUUAUCCCCCCCUUUUUAUACAACAUUUUCAAAAUAGAGAUUUAUGCAUUAAUAGGUCAGAUGGGAAUAUCUUUAUUGCGAAAUAAUCACACUUGGAAUAGUUUGUCGUGAAAAAAUGUUAUGUUAACUUUUUAUGAUUUUUUUUCCCGGAUUUCUUUUUUUGUUUGUUUUGUAUCAUUGGAAUAAGUGUACUUGGUAUUGGUACAUAUAAUUUAUUGCAAUAAUUAUUCGUCUUUUAUAGGAAGUCUAUACGUAGUUACACAUGUUGUCAUACAAAAGUAAAAAACCGCAUAUUUUAACUUGGAUAUAAACUAUAUUGUAAUCAGAAAAGAUAAUGAUAGCACGCGUUAUAUAUAGUGUUAUUUUUCGUGUGGUCGCCAUUGGAUAUUUUUAAACAAUUUGUUACUUUUUAUUCAUAUGACAUUUUAAAAUAUAUCAGAUAUUCCAGAUGCUUUUAUUGUAAACAAGUUUGAACCUUGAUUUUAUUUAAACUUAAAACACGAAUUUCAUGUUUUGUAUGUACAUGGAAUUUUCCUUUGAUAUUUU